CCUCUCUUCCCUUUUCCCUGCAAUGCUCUGGUUUCAGCCUCAAACUGCAUUCCCAGGGCUUGCUCAAAAGUCCCCAGAGCGACCUUCCCUGGGGAGGAAGUGGGGAGCGUGUGAGGCUGGUGAACUCAGCUGGGGUGUCAAAGGGUUGGGGGAGUACUCUGGGAACAGAGGCCCAGGGAAGCUGUGCAGCUGCCAGGAUGGGAAAAGGGGCCCCACGUGGUGGCUCUCGCAUCUCUGGAAGCUUCUUCAGACCUUCACGCUCAUCCUCCUUGCUUCUACUCUGCCGCCCCGGCUGGGCCUCGCCGUGAGCCCAGCAACAUGCUAACUGUGAAAAUAGCAGCCAUUUGUUGUGGACUUACUAUGUGCCUAGAACUGUGCUUUCUCUUGGUACCUACUUUAUUUGACUUUCACAAACAAGCCUGGGAGGUCAGAAACUGAGGCUCAGAGAGGUGAAGACAUUGGCUCUAGAUCACACAGCUAGUAAUUGCUCCAGGCACGAUUCAAAAGCACGUCUGGCUGACUCCAGAGCCUAAGUCUUCUCUGGUCUUCCCCCAAAAAUGGUGGAAACCCUAGGGCCCUGGAGUGUGGGGAGAGAAAGGCUGUCAUAGGUGCAUACGUGUGAGGGGGCUGAGGAAGCGGAGCUGCGCGAGGAGUGUGGGUUUGGGAGCGUGCUGGGUGUGGGGGAGCUCAGCCCCCUCUGCACUGCAUUGCCAUCUGGUUCACAGAUGCGGCCCCUUUCCAGGCUCUUGUGUUUCUUGGAAAUGAGUAAGGCCGGGAGAGGGCACAGGGGCUUUUGCAAUGGCUACAGUGACGAGAGCUCUGUUUCUUGGUCAUCAAACCAGUCUCUGCCUAAGCUCAGGAGGCAGCAACCGGGUAUAAAGAGCCGGGGCUCAAGGCCACCUCUGUCUGACACUAGUGAGCUAUGACCCCGGACAAGCUGCACAGCCCCUCGGAGACUCAGUCAGGGACAGCAUUAUCCCUACCUCUGGCUGUGCCCUUUAAUUAUGGGAGGGGGCAUUUUGCAGGUCAAGAGCCUCAUGUAGCUAGAAGGGGUCACUGGUGCCACAAGUCUGUCCCUCUGGUCUCUGUCACUGCAUGAGCCCCGAGUUCAGUCUACCCCUGAUGACUCCAUUUUUAUGUGUGAGGCUGAAAGCAAGAGCCGCUAGUCAGAGGCCGUCUGGGGAGUCUCCUUCCAGACCAGCACUUUUGCUGAUGGGUGAACGUGUGCUGGAAAGGGAAGGUGGCCCUCCUGCUCCUGGGACUCGGGGUUUCUCAGAGGACCCCUCUGGAAGCUGGGCAGGCACAGCAUGGGUAACAGCUGUCUCAGGCCCAUGGGGGCAGCUCUUCCAGGCCUGGGAAAUCUCACUAGGCUCAGCCUGAGGCCUCUGAGCAUCCAGUGGGGCCCAGGCCCUGCCUUAGCUCCAGGGCCUACCAGCCCUGCCAGGACUCUUCAAGGCCAGGGCUCUGGCCAUAGGGCACUGUGGUGUCCUUCUGACAGAUGGGAUCUUUGUUCCUUCCAGGCAAGGGCACCAGCUGGCGGGAGCCACCCCCACUAUCCUGAUGUUGAAAAGCAAGAACCCCAGAGAGGGAGACUGCUGGGGACCCGACCCAGGCAGGUGCCUGGAGACAGAACAGUGUUCCUCUCCCACCGUCCCUCAUCCUAUUAUAAAGCCUCCCCACUCAGUCCAGAGGCCAAGACCGUGGACCAGGUCAUACAGCCUCUCCUUCACCCACGCCUCCCUGGAGCUUCCAGACAGAAGACAGAGGAUCCCCCCAGCCCGGCAACAUUUCCUGAAGGCAUAAGGAGUAGAGAGGGGGAGACCAUCCGUCUGCCUAGGAGCAGUCCCCGAAGCCACCCACAGCUAGCACCGAGAGCCACCAGGUCUACCCAUCUCAUCUUAUUGGAGACAUUUUCCUUCUACCUCAGCCGGGCUGUGUUCCUCUAGGACAAGGGCUACCGAAGGCCCAGUCCCACCUUGUCUCAACUCAUGGAAGAGGCACUGGAUUUGCCGAAGGAACAGGUGGAGCAAUUAGACCCUGUCCCAAAACCAGAGGUCUGGUAAUCUGGUCAGCUUCGAGGUUAAAAAUGAGGGUCCUGGAUUUGGCUAUUCCGAGUUAGAAAUUCCAGUUCCAUUCCUGGCUCUAUUCUCUUGGGAAGUUCCCCUCCCAUAGAGUCUAGGGGACGCACAGAAAUCAGCACAACUAACCCGUUUCAUUGUUGCCUAUGCUCACUAUGGUCAUCACCAUUGUGAUGGCUCUAGAUACGAAGGACAGACCUGAGCAACCUCUAGCCAAGGCCUGGGCUCUGCCCCAGGCUCACAGAGGAGACAGAGGCUCAGGUUCCCUGGGCUGAAGGCUGGAUUCAGCCCCUCGUCUGCAUCGGAGUUUCUCCCAGAGGUGCAUGCAACUCCCUCUCACCUCAUUCCUAUCUCUAAAUCCAGGAAAAAUGCUAACUCUGCUGCAAUAUUCUUUUUAUUUUUUUUAAAGAGGUUUUUGCCUUAGGGCACUGCACUUUCUGGAGAGAGAGA